AUGGCCAUUUCAAAAAUGUUCCAAAUUCUCACUGUCACAUUUUUACACUACUUUUCAGCAUUAAUUCUUGCAGAAAAUUCUACCUACAAUGUUCUUUCCUACGGUGCAAAAGCCAACGAAGAAUCCGAUAGCGCCCAAGCCUUUCAAGCGGCUUGGGGCGCCGCUUGUGACUCCUCGUCUCCAGCCACCAUAUAUGUGCCACAAGGAACGUACACUUUGGGAAAUGCAUAUUUUGACGGCAGCACGUGCAAAAAUAAUGCCAUAACCAUACAGAUUGAUGGGACUCUUUCAGCCCCAUCCGAUUACAAUGUUAUUGGUAAUAGUGACCAUUGGUUGAAGUUCAAAAGGGUCACCGGAGUUUCUAUUCACGGUGGAACCCUAGAUGGUCUAGGCGCCAAUUUGUGGGCCUGCAAAGCUUCCGGAAAGGAGUGUCCAAAAGGAGCAACGUCACUUGCAUUCCUGAAUUCGAACAAAAUACGCAUCAACGGAUUAACCUCCAUAAACAGCCAAAUGUUCCACAUCGUCGUCCACGGUUGCAACGACACAAACCUCCAAAACAUAAAAAUCUCUGCGCCCGAUGAAAGCCCAAACACCGAUGGAAUUCACAUUGGAGAGUCGUCGGGAGUUUCCGUCACCAACUCCCGUAUCGCCACUGGCGACGAUUGCAUCUCUGUGAGUCCUGGAACCUCCAACUUGCUCGUCCAAAACGUCGCCUGCGGGCCGGGCCAUGGCAUAAGCAUUGGAAGUCUAGGAUGGGUAUUGGAUGAAGCAGGAGUGGAAAAUGUGACGGUGAAAUCGUGUGUUUUUAAUGGAACACAAAAUGGUGUGAGAAUAAAGACAUGGGCAAGGCCUAGCAAUGGAUUUGUUAGAAAUGUUCGUUAUGAAGAUCUCACUAUGGUUAAUGCUAUAAAUCCCAUCAUCAUUGACCAGUAUUAUUGCCCCAAUGAUCAAAAUUGUCCCAAUCAGUCGUCGGGUGUAAAGAUUAGCGACGUAACAUAUAAAGAUAUACACGGAACAUCGGCGAGGGAAACUGGAGUGAAGUUGGAGUGCAGUAAAUCGGAGCCAUGCACCGGAAUUACGUUCGAUAAUGUAGUGCUAAACUACAAAAAUAAAGCAGUUACUACUGUUUGUGGAAACACCAUUCAAAACAUGGAUGGAGUAAUCAAGCCAUUGAAAUGCCUUUCUUAA